GAUCGGUGCGCAGCGAUGGCGCGGCCGCCCCGGCAGCGCGCGGGGGCCUGGGCGCCGCUGCUCUUGCUGCUGCUGGGCGGGCCCGCCGCCUGCGCCGCCAGCCCCGCGGACGACGGCGCGGGCCCGGGGGGCCGGGGACCCCGGGGCCGCGCGCGGGGGGCCGCGGGCGCAGAUGAGGCGGUGCCGCGCCACGACUCCUCCUAUGGCACCUUCGCCGGGGAGUUCUACGACCUGCGCUACCUGUCGGAGGAGGGUUACCCUUUCCCGACUGCUCCUCCUGUGGAUCCAUUUGCCAAAAUCAAAGUGGAUGACUGUGGAAAAACUAAGGGAUGCUUUAGAUAUGGCAAACCGGGCUGUAAUGCAGAGACCUGCGACUACUUCCUUAGCUACCGGAUGAUAGGGGCUGAUGUGGAAUUUGAGCUGAGUGCAGACACAGAUGGUUGGGUAGCAGUUGGCUUCUCUUCAGACAGGAAAAUGGGUGGUGACGACGUCAUGGCCUGCGUCCACGAUGACAAUGGCAGGGUCCGCAUACAGCACUUCUAUAAUGUAGGCCAGUGGGCAAAGGAGAUUCAGAGAAAUCCUGCUAGAGAUGAAGAAGGAGUGUUUGAGAACAAUCGUGUCACCUGCAGAUUUAAACGGCCUGUGAACGUUCCCAGAGAUGAAACAAUUGUUGAUCUGCAUUUGAGUUGGUAUUAUCUCUUUGCUUGGGGUCCAGCCAUUCAGGGCUCUAUCACCCGCCACGAUAUAGAUUCACCACCGACUUCAGAGCGUGUUGUCAGUAUUUACAAGUAUGAAGACAUUUUUAUGCCAUCAGCUGCCUAUCAGACCUUCUCCUCUCCGUUUUGUUUGCUUCUCAUUGUUGCCCUGACCUUCUACUUAUUGAUGGGAACCCCUUAACCACAGCUGCAAAGCCAACCGAGUAAAUGGAUUAGAAAGUCUUGAGUAUAAAUAUAUUUUUAAAGAAUAUGUAGUAUAAUUUUAGCUUCUAUUAUUUAAAAAAAAGGACUCAUCUGAUUUUGGCUGUUUGGAAGAAAGAGCAAACUGCUUUUCUAAUCAAAGAGGAUUGUUUAAUAAUGACCCCACAAUUUUGGAAAGUACUUAAAACUUUUCAAAGCACUUUCAAAUGUUUUCUUAUUUGAUCUUCAUAACAUGUCUGAGUUGGCUUGAUGAAAAGUGUUAUUGCCAUCUUACUGAAUGGGAUUUGAGACGCAGGAAGGCUGCCUUUUUAUGGCCCACAUGCCAUGUAGCCUUGGCUACUUGGUCAAAUAACACAUAGCAAGGUAGAGAAAGCUAGACAUAGGAAUCAUGUCUCUAAACAACUUUUACUCUUCCAACUCUUCCAAAAGGCAGAAGAACUUUUACAUUUCCAUAAAGCAUAAAUGCUUUUGGAUAAUUACAUAGCUGAUGGGGAGAAUGAGGGAGAUUACAAUGAUAUGGAAAUGAUUCAUAUUUAUUUGAAAUUUCUUCUCAAUUAGUAGCUGUGAGAAAACAUUUUUAUUGUUUGGGAAGGUUAGAAACAGAAUUGUGAGUGUUCCUGAAAAUGUAAAAUUAUGGUAAUAACAAAAAAUAUGGGCAUUCUUAGCAGUUAGAAUUUGGAUUCUUCUACCACUGUAUUUUAUAAAUUAAGGUACUCAUCUGUGGUAACAGCUAAUUCCGUUGUCCGAGUCGGCAUACAUUGAGUAUGAUUAAAUAUGUAUUAUAAUAGACAAAUCAUCUUAAUAAACAUUUAUGGCAUUUUGAUAAUAAAUCAACAUUUUUGGAAGUUGUGGAGAUUUAGAGUAGAAACUUUUUAAAGAUGAGAUUCUUGGGGUCGGCCCCGUGGCUUAGCGGUUAAGUGCUGGCACUCCGCUACUGGUGGCCCAGGUUCGGAUCCCGGGUGCACACUGAUGCACCGCUUGUCCCGCCAUGCUGAAAUGGCGUCCCACAUACAGCAACUAGAAGGAUGUGCAACUGUGACAUACAACUAUCUACUGGGACUUUGGGGAGAAAAAGGGAGAAAAAAAAAAGGAGGAGGAUUGGCAAUAGAUGUUAGCUCAGGGCCGGUCUUCCUCAGCAAAAAG